UUGGCUGUUAUUAUUAUGUUUGCUGGUGACCAACGUUCACAACAUGAGGAGCUUUAAAAAGGGGAAAUGUUGUUCUAAUCAGACUGUAACAUCAGUCAGUGGAUCCUCCUGCAGACUCAACACAACAACGUCUGCAGCUCAGAGGCUGCUGAUCAGCACAGACGAGAUGAAGGUUCUUCUGGUCGUCUCCGUCAUGUUCGCUCUCCUCCAUCUGGGGCAACAUGAACCUUGUAACCCUCCACGUGACAACAAUGCGUACGACAAAUUUGUGCUCAAACACAUCCUUCAACCUCAGGACAUACCUGAACUUGAUGAGAACUUUACCAGAACAUCAACCACUGAAUGGCAGAAGUACUUAAAAGCUAAAGGCCUCUGCAAAGAUAGACCGAAGCAGUCCUUCUUCGAGAAGAGGGAUCAGGAGAAAGUGGAGGCGAUCUGUCGUGGUGGGGGCUUCCGGGUAAAGUCGAUCAACAAGCCACCAAAAGAUGACAGAAAGAACUUUUGCAUCAGUAAAAAAAAAAUAGGUGUGUAUAAUUUAAAAGUCGAAAACAACAGUUGCGAAGUUAAAUUUCCUGUAAAACAACUGAAAAGAAGAGUGAUCGUGGCUUGUGAUUUAUUUGGCACCAAGUGCCUCCCUUCACACUUUCAGUGGUAUGAAACACAAAACUCAAGUAAGAUCUCCUGCAGUGGAGGCCGAGUUUCUGGACUUGUUUAACGUUGGAUCCCAGUCGUCGGCCCGUUGUUGAGCUGGCAGCUAAAACCUCUUUCAGGCUCAUAGUUGAAGCCUUCAUGCUUUUAUACUCUGUGUGAAAUGUCUGAUUGUGACACUUGCUGAUAAUGAUCCACAUCAACAGGCCGCAUGUCUACAUGACUCACUUUUCCACCAUGAGUUGACUUUGUAUUUGUCUCCCUUCAGCUUCUCAAGCUUUCUUCCUGCAUUAAACAUGUGAACUUGCAGCAUCAUCAUUGCUGCUCCAAACUGUCUGUAGCAGCUCAGAAAUAAAAGCAUUCAGUAAAAACGUC